CUACAGGCAGUGGGAUGACCCCCGGAGGCGCUGGCUUCUCCCCCAGCGCCGCCUCGGACGCCAGCGGCUUCAGCCCCGGUUACUCCCCGGCCUGGUCCCCGACCCCCGGCUCCCCCGGCUCCCCCGGGCCCUCCAGCCCCUACAUCCCCUCCCCUGGCGGUGCCAUGUCACCCAGCUACAGCCCCACGUCCCCCGCCUACGAGCCGCGUUCACCCGGGGGCUACACCCCACAGAGCCCCAGCUACAGCCCCACUUCACCCAGCUACAGCCCCACCUCGCCCAGCUACAGCCCGACGUCGCCCAACUACAGCCCCACGUCGCCCAGCUACAGCCCCACGUCGCCCAGCUACAGCCCGACCUCGCCCAGUUACAGCCCCACUUCGCCCAGCUACAGCCCGACGUCGCCCAGCUACAGCCCGACGUCGCCCAGCUACAGCCCGACGUCGCCCAGUUACAGCCCCACUUCGCCAAGCUACAGCCCCACGUCACCGAGCUACAGCCCGACGUCGCCCAGCUACAGCCCGACGUCGCCCAGUUACAGCCCCACUUCGCCCAGCUACAGCCCGACGUCGCCCAGCUACAGCCCCACGUCACCGAGCUACAGCCCGACGUCGCCCAGCUACAGCCCCACCAGCCCCAACUACAGCCCCACCAGCCCCAACUACACCCCGACCUCUCCCAGCUACAGCCCCACCUCGCCCAGCUACAGCCCCACCAGCCCCAACUACACCCCGACCUCGCCCAACUACAGCCCCACCUCUCCAAGCUACAGCCCCACCUCCCCCAGCUACAGCCCCACCUCGCCCAGCUACAGCCCCUCCAGCCCCCGCUACACCCCGCAGUCUCCCACCUACACCCCCAGCAGCCCCAGCUACAGCCCCAGCAGCCCCAGCUACAGCCCCACCUCCCCCAAGUACACCCCGACCAGCCCCAGCUACAGCCCCAGCUCCCCCGAGUACACCCCGACCAGCCCCAAGUACAGCCCCACCAGCCCCAAGUACAGCCCCACCAGCCCCAAGUACAGCCCCACCUCGCCCACCUACAGCCCCACCACCCCCAAGUACAGCCCCACGUCCCCCACCUACAGCCCCACCAGCCCCGUCUACACCCCGACCAGCCCCAAGUACAGCCCCACCAGCCCCACCUACAGCCCCACCAGCCCCAAGUACAGCCCCACAUCCCCCACCUACAGCCCCACCAGCCCCAAGGGCUCCACCUACAGCCCCACGUCCCCCGGGUACAGCCCCACUUCCCCCACCUACAGCCUCACCAGCCCGGCCAUCAGCCCCGACGACAGCGACGAGGACAACUGAGCCUGGGUGGGGGGACCCCCUCCAGGCUAUGGGGCUGACCCAUAAGUUGCUGUCACCAGCCCAAGCCGGGCGGUUGACAUGGGGGUGGGGGACGGUGGGGUGGGGGACACUUUGGGUCGUAGGGAAGCUUCAAUGG